GCAGCAGGGACAGGGCAGGACACUCGGCCAGCAGCAGGGCGGAUAGGACAGGCAGCAGGGACAGGGCAGGACACACGGCAGGCAGCGGCGGGGGCAGGGCGGGCAGCGCAAGGCAGCUCGCACCGCCCGGGGAGGUCUCUAAUUCAUCACCCCGUUCAGCGGAGAGGAUGGGACGCCGCUAAACUCCCCUUCCUCCCUCCUCCCUUCCCCCCUCGCCAAGCAAGCCCCCCCCUUCCCCCCCUCCGCUGCUCUUUCUCUUUCCCCAAGCAGUGAGCCUCGGACAGUGCUCGGCUCCAGCGCUUUAUUUUAAGAUGAUCGGCCAAGGUCUUUGCAGAUAGAUUUUAUCUGAAGUUAAAUAGCAGGCGCUCGCCGCUCAUUCGCCAAUAAGUCAUUUUUAAUAGAGACAAAUCGCUCUGGACGCCCCGGAGCGCCGGUGCAGCCGCUCCUGCCCGCGCCCCCCGCCGAAGACGAGCGGGCAGCCCGGGCAGCUCCCUCCUCCCGCUGGUGAGAGCUCUGCUUAUUCUGUAAAGUGGAUGUCAGGUGGAUCUAUGUUCUGGAAGGAACAAAGAGGCAGCGAAAGCAGCGCGGGGGAAGUUUGAGCGGCGAGGAUGCAGGCUGUGUACUGGUACGCGGUCCUUCUGCUGCAGCCCACUCUCUACCUGGUUACCUGUGCAAAUUUAACAAAUGGAGGGAAAACAGAACUUCUAAAAUCAGGAAGCUCCAAAUCCACACUAAAGCACAUAUGGACAGAAAGUAGUAAAGACUUGUCCAUCAGCCGACUGCUGUCACAGACUUUUCGUGGAAAGGAAAAUGAUACAGAUUUGGACCUGCAAUACGAUGCCCCAGAAACUUAUUCUGAGCAAGAUCUCUGGGACUGGCUGAGGAACUCCACAGAUCUGCAAGAGCCUCGGCCCAGAGCAAAGAGACGGCCCAUCGUCAAGACUGGGAAAUUUAAAAAAAUGUUUGGCUGGGGAGAUUUUCAUUCCAACAUCAAGACUGUGAAGCUAAAUCUGUUAAUAACAGGGAAAAUUGUUGAUCAUGGCAAUGGGACGUUUAGUGUUUACUUCAGGCAUAACUCCACUGGUCAAGGGAAUGUAUCCGUGAGCCUAGUGCCCCCUACAAAAAUAGUGGAAUUUGACUUGGCACAACAGACAGUGAUUGAUGCCAAAGAUUCCAAGUCCUUUAACUGUCGAAUCGAGUACGAAAAGGUUGACAAGGCUACCAAGAAUACACUCUGCAACUAUGACCCUUCAAAAACCUGUUAUCAGGAGCAAACCCAGAGCCAUGUGUCAUGGCUCUGCUCAAAGCCCUUUAAAGUAAUCUGUAUUUACAUUUCCUUUUAUAGUACAGAUUAUAAACUAGUACAGAAGGUGUGUCCUGAUUACAACUACCACAGUGACACACCCUACUUCCCUUCAGGGUGAGGACCAACUUGUGUCUGAGACUGAAGCCUGGGGAAUAAAAGCGGUCGAAUGACAGGGCUGUAACCUCAAGGAGGAAGGCCACAUUUAUUGCCUGGAAUGUGUCUACCUGCUGCUGCUGAUGUCAAAUGGCUGCAAAUAUGUUAGUGGAAAACACUCUAAUGUAAUUUUUGCCCAGUCAGCUCCAUGUAUCAACCUAGGUGUAAAUCACUAUGGAUUUGAAAUAAAACCAUACACAUACACAGAGACACAUGCACACUUUUCAGCGCACAUUAUUGAGAUUCCUGUUAAGAAAUCUUUCAUUGUCUGAUAUCUAAGGAUUCAGCAUAACCUAUCAUCAAGCAAAAUGGAUUAACUAGACAGUACAAGGUUUCUAAUGCAGACUGUUAUGGAAAUCUCCUUGAAAGUCCUUUGAGUACAUGCCAAUCAAUAAUCCCCACUCAUGCAUUCUACUGCUUGGAAUAUCUGUACUGGUAAAUAAUAUUGUAGGAAUAAAUACUUGUUAAAAUGGGAAAAAAGUGUGUUUAGAGUUCAGUAUUCCAUAUUAUAUGAACACAGCAAAGUGUCAUGACUUUUCCCAGCACACAGUAGGCACAUUCAAGGUGGUGUUGGUGGCUUUUUUUCCAUGGAGCAAGCCUGUUUCUAGUAAAGAUGGGCAAACAUUUGGAAUUUACAUGUGAGCAGACAUUCUGGUUUAAUGUUUCUCUGACUCUUUAAGCUCUGAUUAUUUAGACUUCUUUGAGUUUAGGCCAGCUAAACUACUUAAAACCUGGAAUUGAUCUCUAAGAAGGAAAAUGCCUGUUGGAGGACAUGUAAGUUAUAAGUGGCUGUCUUAUCUUUAUUACAAAAUAUUGUAACAAAUUCAAUAUCCUAGUCUUCAUUUGUAUGAAUGGUUUGUAUUGUACAUAAUUUAACCAGUGUUAUUUGAGCUGCUUAUUAAUAUUAACUUGUAAUUGUCUCUCUGCUUGUUAUUGGUUAAAACAAUCAAGGAAAUGAGGAAUUCAUUUUAUCAAUGUAGCUGUAAACUCCAUUAAAAGACAGAACUAUGUACAAAGCAUUUACUCAGCUAAAGUAUUGUUGAAAGCUAUACAUAUACAACAUUACAGUCUGUCUGUAUUUAGAUAUUUUAUUUCCAGAGGAAAAAAAUGAACUGUACAUAAAAAUAAAAAAAUCUUAAAGUUGAAUUUCAA